GAAUUUGAACCGUUGAACUGGGGGAAGAUGGUAAAGGGGUAGCUUGGCAACAGUGAGUUUGCCUCUGGUUAUAUAUGUUGGAGCCAAGCAGCAGAGCAGCUCUCUCUAAAAUAAAACACAAACCCACACAAGCAGCGGUGGUUGAGUUCGCAAGUUAAGUAAGAAGAAGAAGAAGAAGAGUCAUGGCUUCCUCCAUGAUCUCAACUGCUGCAGUUGCAUCCUUGAACCGUGCCAGCCCGGCUCAGGCCACCAUGGUGGCUCCCUUCACCGGCCUCAAAUCGUCGUCCGCUUUGCCCGCCACCCGCAAGCUCGACAACGACAUUACCUCCCUUGCCAGCAACGGCGGCAGAGUCCAGUGCAUGAAGGGCGGGUUCGUGUACCGGGAGAACAACAGGUCACCGGGAUACUACGACGGGCGGUACUGGACCAUGUGGAAGCUGCCGAUGUUCGGGUGCACGGACUCGGGGCAGGUGUUGAAGGAGGUGGAGGAGGCCAAGAAGGAGUACAAAGAUGCCUACAUCCGAAUCAUAGGAUUCGACAACGUGCGUCAAGUGCAGUGCAUCAGUUUCAUUGUCUACAAGCCUCCUGAAUUCUAAAUUUUAUUAAUUGCAUUUGCAUGCAUAUCAUCCACGUUGUCUUCAAUUCCUAGCUUUGUGACUUCUAAGGUGUCAAUUGUUGCUAGGUUGAUAUGUUCGUGUUUUCCUUUUAUAUAUGUUGCAACUAUGCAAGUUUUCCUCUUUAA